AUGAGAAGAAUGGAUUUGGAAGAGAAGCGUCGAAAUGAGGCUGAAGAGAAGGCAGCGGAGACCGCACGUUUGGUUGCAGAGGCUGCAGCUAGAGCCAAGACGGAAGACCCGUUUGCAGCUGCACCGAGCACACCUUCUAUGCCUUUUGCAGGAGCUACCUCGUCUUCGAGCUCUGUUCGGAGCCCAUUGGUGCAGAAUGGGGCGGAGAAGUACCUUCCAUCUCUGCCGAUGCUAGAGCAUCAAGGCAUGAACAAGGGCAGGAUGCGAGAAGUCGAGACAUGGCAUGCCUACCUGGAGACACUGUCAUCGUGGCUUGCUCUUCAAGAUGAGUCUUUCGUUCGAGAGUUGCAACUCUGCGUCAAGCAAAAGAAUGAGAUCCUUCAGAAGGAUUUGGCGGAUGAUGUUGCUGCUCGAAGUGCGAAGCUUUACUACUAUCUCACCCAAUCUCUCUCACGUUGGGAAAGAGGCAGAGUCCGAGUCUUCGAGGACCUCCACCGUGAUGGCGAUGAGGUAGGCACCCUGACUGGAAGCACCUCGAAGGGAGAUGCGGCAUACGUCUGCGCUUCGCUGCAGGGAUCGGACAUGGAGAUCGACUCUCUUCCUGUUGACAAGGAACCCAGGAAAGACAUUACUGCAGGACCAAGCAUCCUGAAGAAGACUUCGAAAGAAGCGAAGAGUGAUGAGAAGCCUGGAAAGGUACUGAGCAUGUCGGAACCGCCAAUGGAGGUGGAGCAAGAUUCCCACAACUCUCCAGCGGAGAGUGCCGGGCAGGAGGUUGCGUUUUUGAAUGCACCAGUAGAGCCUGCACCAGCAGAGGCGGCGCCAGUCGAGACUGCGGAUGCAGAGGCUUCAGCUGCCCCCUUCAAUGUUUUCUCGAGGCCUCCGAGUCAAGUUGCAGUACCUUCGCCUACGGUGGCUGCAUCAGAGACAGGAGAGACAGAAGAGGAGGAAGCAUGGGGAAAAUGGAGGGCAAGCAAGGCCAGGCCUUCGCAGCCAUCAGACGAGCCGUCGCUGAUAGUGAAGUGGAGAAGCAUGCUGAGGGGACCGCGCUUCAGGUAUUUCAUGCAAGCGAUACGACAACAGCGAGAAGAUCUUAUUGCAUGUGGAUACCCUGUGCCGGCAAUUCCAGAGAACAACCUGGAACCUGCAGUUCCACUUAUGUCUAUCGGAGAUGGGAUCGUUUAUCCUUCCCGUCAGGGGACCAUCUUUGCGUCAUUGACAGAUGCUUUGAUGACCGACGGCUACCUCCUCGAGGUUGGGCAGAAGCUCCUUGGGCGGAUCCAACGUCCAGACCCAGAUGUGGGGCCGUGCCUGGGAACGGGUUGGUCCAAGAGGCUUCGCGAUCACGAUCCCGAUCCUCUGGAUGGAACGCCCUACAUCAGCGCGGAGGUUGCGUGGGCGCUGUGGCUGCCCGAGUUUCCGGAAGCCCCGGAUCAUGGAGGCAUCCUUCCGGUGAAGAGAAAGAGGGAUUUUUCCCAGCUCACCGACGAGUUGUUGGACGAGCAUACUACAAGGUUCGAACUCGCGGGUCAAGGCCGCACUCUUCAUCAACGCGGCGUGCGUGCAAGGGACGCGCGUGCUGCUAUCGAAGGAUAUACUCCCGAUCCAAGUCACCUACGCCACCAGAGUGGCGGGGACGUGGCUGCGCUGGGUUACAUCAAGCGUAUCCUCAAGGUCCUGACCGUUUACGAGGCCAUGCCGGAAGCGGAACGCAACCUUUUGGCUGGAAUGUACCCAGACGACGUCGAGCUCCAGCUCGAGUGGGUGCCAGGCUCAGCCAUCAGGCAUGGGUGGCGUGCGUUAAUGGGGGCAAUGGAUCAGCGCACCCGGCGCUAUAUCGAGUUCGAAGCAGAGGUCCGAAAAUGGGAGGACUUGCAGUCCGCUCGACCCAAGGUCAAGGCCAGAAGAACGGGUGCAGCUGCUUCCACAGAUACUGGAGGUGGAAUUGGAGCGAUGAACGAAGGCUCGGAGACUGGAGCCAUGAACGAAGGCUCGGAGACAGAGUCUGCCGAGUCAUCCUCGGCAAGUUCGUCGGACGAAUCGAUUCCAAUGGGGGAAUACAUGAUGCAGAGCCGGACCAGAGUUUUGGCGCUCAUCGAAGCGGAGAAAGCCUUGAAAGAUGUGGGCUCCUCUGCGCCGCCCCCACCGUCUCCUAUCAUUAUGGAGCCAUCGCCGGUUGCGACGGACGGGUACAAGUUCGAUCCAGCAUCUCUAGGAGCCCCUCUGGGGGACACUGCAGCUCCAUCAACACCGGUACCUCCUUCGCCUUCCGCAGUUUCAUUGGCCCCUUUGGAGUCAUUCAAGUUCUUGGAUGUCCCACCUGUUGCUUCUUCUGGUCCCUCGGACCACAGUGUAGAGCCUAUGGUGAUGGAAGAGGAGCGGGCCCCAGAAACUCCAGGACCCACGGCACCGGUUGGAGCUCCAAUUUCCGCACCGGAGAGUGUGCCGGAGACCCCUCCUCCAGGGGAAAUUCCAGGUCCCGGUUAUGUCCCGAAGGCAGCUCCUGGGGAAAUUCCAGGUGCUCUGUCGAAAGCCCAGGGGGCACCAGCGGGGGCUACACCGAAGGCCUGGUCUGUGGUUCCAACUUCCUCGCCUUUGACGGUUCCAGAAGCGCCAGUGGCUGUAGAGUCUUUGCCUGCAGUUCCAGAGCCAGCAACCGUGACAGCGGAGGAAGGGCCUACCUCCGAGACCGCUACAUCAUCCGCAGCGGGUGCCCUUCCGCCUCCGGGCGGCUUGGGUCAAACAGCCGAAGAGAGGGAGUUUGUGCUUCCUUCCCCUUGCCAGAAGAAGUGA